AUGAGCAGACAGCAUUACUCUUCCGAGCGCCUCUAUGUAGGCAACUUGCCUUAUGACGUCACAGAACGCGAGGUAGACGACCUGUUCUACAAGUUUGGGCGAAUUCGUGAUAUCGAGGUGAAACGAAGCCGGAAGAAUGAUACCUCCUUCGCCUUCGUCGUGUUUGAUGAUAAGUACUCUGUAGAUGACGCAAUCGAGCGGCGUGAUGGGAUGCGCUAUGGCGAUAUGUGCCUCCGAGUCGAACGCGGUGGGGAGCGCCGUGGUGGUCGUGGAGGCGGGGAUGGCGGAUCAUAUGGACCUCCAAGACGAUCGGCCUUCCGAGUUCGCGUCCACGGCCUGCCUCCAACUGCAAGCUGGCAGGACUUGAAAGAUCAUAUGCGAAAGGCUGGGGAUGUCGGCUUUGCAAGUGUGGAGAACCGGGUAGGCAUCGUGGAAUAUCCUACUCGGGAGGAAAUGGAGUACGCGAUCAAGCGCUUGGACAGGAGCGAAUUCUGCAACAUUUUUCACCGUGCACAGAUCCGCGUCGAGCGCGAUUACGGGUCUGCUGGGGAGGAAGAGUACGAGCGUGUUGGUCGGUGA